AUGAAUAACCAAAAUUUUACAGCAUCAGAAGAAAACGUUCGUAUUUUGAUGGAAAACAUUAUUGGUGAUGUUCCGAACAUGGCCGCUGACUUGAAAGGGACUCAAACCGUGACUCACACCAACCCUGGUGAUAGCUCCGGCCAAACAGACAAUCGACGAAUCUUGAAAAUGAAACAAAAGUUGGCCAAACAAAAUAAUUUCAUUUUUGAGCUCAAACGAAAAAUCCAAACUUUGGCGUCACUUUCGCCGAAGUCUGCUUCCGAUCACGAGGAACUUGCAUUUCUGAAAAGCAGACUUGAGAAAGAAAAUGCGCUGUUGAAGAAUUUACUAAAGAGCCUAGUACAGGAGCAAAGAACAGACAAAGGACAAGUGUGGGAACCCAUUCCGUUAUGCAGUGAUCCACUGGACGACGUAUGUCGUAACCCUUGGGUGCUGGGAAUUGUAUCAAAUCAUAAGCAACGAUUUUCGGUUGAUUCGAAUAUUUCAUCUGUUAGUUCAAAAAGUCAUAUAGAUGAUUCUAUAGUUUAUGCAGAUGUGGGCGAGAGAAUGCAAAAAGAGUUAAUGAAUCGAGACAGAGUCAUAGAGAUUUUGCAAAAUCGUGUCGACAUUCUUACUGCAGAUGUAAUGAAAGUUAGAUGUGACAAUGAAGCUAUUCUCCAAAAAUCACCAAAACACACUCAUUUUUGCGAAGCGGAUAUGAUGCACAGAUUGCGUUUCUACAAAGAAAACACAGAUGCUUUGGAACGAAAUUUAAAUCAAAUGGGUGCUGCUCUAAGCAUUAUACGUUCCGAGCUAGGUACCAAUUUAACCGAAAGUUCUCCAAAGUCAACAGCGUACCCUACAUUCCAGGCAGUAAAUUGCAAUGACGAUGUUAGCCAUGAUCAAACUAAUUACUCACUUUUAAAACAAGACGAUCAAUACCAAAAUUUACUAAAAAGUUAUACAAAAAAAUCUGACGAGUGCAAAAUGCUAACUGAUCGCCUUGCAAAAACUUGUUCCUGUCAGAUGAACGAGUCGGAAAAAACAGAACUCGAGUUACUCAAAACUCGAUGUUCCGAGCUGUUAGAUGUACAAGGUGAGUUUAAAGUUCUGAUGAAAGAACAAGGGGAACAAUUGGAUGAGUACCGCAGGAAAUACCUAGAAGCACAGCAGAAGGUCGAAGAACAGAAGCUUCUAAUGGAAAAACUGGAUGUAAGAAAUAGCAAAAUAGAAGAUCAAAUUAACAUCGAAGUACAGAGAAUUAAAGCAAAAUUUCAAGACAAACUACGCCAGCUAGCUCCAUUUCCAAGCCUUUUAGAGUCCGAGCAUCAAAAAGUAAAAGAAUUAAGAAAGUCGAAUGAGAAACUUUUGGAUGAACUGAAAAAAUCUGCAAAGGAGGUUAAAAAUCUGGAGCAGCGCUUGCACCAUGCUCAUGCUUCACAAAAUACAGAAAUGGAAAAGGAUUACAGUCUUUUGAAGGUUGAAUUCGAACAGGUAUCAGAAUUGUUGGAAGACGCAGAAAAAGGCAAGUCAAAACUAGAAGAUAAAUUAGCAGCUGCACUCAAAGAGGUUGAUGACGUUCGAGCGGAAACAGCAAACAUUAUUGCGAGAGCCAACAUCCGUGCGCAAGAGGACAAGAAAACGACACUAGCUACACAACAUGCGCUGGAAACUGAACUUGUUCAGUGUCGGGCCACUGCUGCCGUCACAAUCAACAACCGCGAAGAGGCAUUACGUGAAAUGCAAAAUCAGAUAGCUGUCCUUUCGGCCAGUUUUGACGAUGCUCAAAUGCAAAUACAGGCAUUGCGAAACCAGAUCACAUUUUUGAAGAAUGAACAUCGUGGGUUAAAAGUUUAA